AUGUUAGCUGUGACAGCGUUGCGUGCAUUUGCGGUCAGUGGUCGAAAUUGGUACAUUGUCGCAUUCAUGUGGCUUUUGGGCCUUGUACCUACCGCCAUAAACUUUGUUCGUCCUCUUCGUCCCGGGAUAGUCUCACGAUUAUCCUUUCUCCUUCCUGAUAUCAUGGCCGUUGGCGUUACAUGGUUUUAUAUUCAGCGCGGAAAAUCAGCGAAAUUACGAUCCAUAUGUAACUUUUGGACUGUAAGGCCUGAUAUUUUGACUGUCACACUCCAUGAUGGUGAGCCCUUCAUGUCGUUUCUCAAUCUUAUAAAUUCAUUGAUCUGGCUAUCGCUCGAAGGAACACUCUACUUUUUGAUGUCAUCCAUCCUCAUCUCUCGAUUCCUCCUUCAUAUCCGCGAAGCAGCCGAUUGUGCCUCAAACACUGACGCCAUGCAGUCCUAUGUGUGCACUGAAAGCGAGUCUGACAGGCACACCUGGCUGUCAACAACCGACUUCGCUCUCCACAGCUCGGAUGAUACGGGUGAUGUGGAUGUGGAUGAGCACCCGGGCUUUGACAGCGUUCCGAGAGACGGAGUAGGCGGUAGUCACAGAAACGUCGACAUGGGGCUAGACGUCUCUAUAGGGAUAGACCGGCAAGCAUACUGA